AUGUGCGAGCUUCAUCUACAUAGGUGCCCAACCUGUGGCGCGAGAUGGGUGAGCCACAAGAAACUAGCAAGUUGCGAAAGCAGCGACCCAACUUCCCGAUGUCCGGAGAGCUUGUGUAUGUAUGUAGGAAAUCCAAAAAGACCAGGGCGAGGUGAGUGCGGAGCAUGUACACAAGUCAGGGAGGCACUGGAAGCAUUUGAUGAUGACGCUUAUUUCUGCUCUGGAUAUGGAGCAUUGCCCGGUGACUGCAGCACUUGUUCAUCAGGCAAAUAG